AUUGUACAUUUCAGCAUCAGAAGCUGGGUGUUGGUAAUGUUCUUUGGUUGAUGUUUAAUUUAACUUUCUUUUGAAUCCGAUGUGUCCGACAUUGUUGACGGAAUAGAAAACAAGUGAGAUUGGGUGGCUUUCUUGGUUUGGAAGAAACAACAGUGGCAAGCUUGUGCAAAUUUUAGUGAUGUUCUAUUUUUUCAUCUCGCAGAAGAUGCUGUGUAAGGGUACAAUAUGUGAUUCAAUGCGCAAGGGAGCAAUGGAAGCAUAUACCGCUUUACGCAAUCGGGGGCUAUUUCUUUGAACUUUGUUUUCCAAAAUAACAAUGGACAUCUUUUUAUUGUGCGCGUUUACAUCGAUUUCUUAAAGAAACUGUUCCCAAUGAAGAGAAAAAAAGCUUGUUAAUAAUUUAGUGUAAAUUUGGGCGAUAUCCAACUAGAAUCGAUUGACAGUCUCAGUUGUUUUGGUCUUGCGAAGUGAACGACAGGUGUCCAUUCCCUCGGUGCUGUCAAAAUUCAUUCAAGCUACACACAGCCACUGCCUUUUGAACACUUACGCAAAGUUCUGUUGGUUUUGUGUUCACACACAAAUCAUAGCUGCGCAUUUAUGGUGGUGCGCACGUACACAUGCACUCGGAAGGGGGCAUUUGGUUUUGAUUCAUUAUUUUAUUCGAGUUUCGUUCAGUGAAGAGAGUCUACAGGCUCGUUGGUUGGACAAGUCGUUUCAAACGCUGCGGAAGUGUGGAUCCGUUCUGGUGUCGCUCGCUCGUCUCCUGGUCGUGUGCCGGAGUGCUUCGUGCCCCCACUGAUGUAUACAAAAGAUUAGUUUUGCUUCCAUAAUAUCGUGCAUUGUUUAGAAUUGGAGAUGUCGGUGAAAUAACAAAUCGGUUUCUUGGUCAGGAAAGUGUUUGCAGAAAAAUCAGAACCAGUUGUGCAAUUUGUUGUUUCUUUGGAAAGAGUGAAAAUCAUAGUGAUCAUAGGUAGAGAAAUUCGAUACUUUCAUCAGUGAUGAAGUGAUACCGUUUUGACCGUGAAAACAACUGAUUGUGCAUCCGAAGCAAGCGGCGCUUCGGUUUGAAAAGUGGUGUUUUUUUUUCUCGUUUAGUGUUGUUUGUGUAGUAGCGCUUGUUGCCAAAAUGCCUGACCACGACAUUGAGAUAAUAACAAGCGAGCAGUUGCACGGUGAGCUGCGAAAAUCGCACAAGAAUUUUAUCAUCCUCGACUGCCGUAGUUCGAACGAGUUCACCGAGAGCCACAUUCGUACGGCUGUAAACUUUAGCAUUCCAAGCAUAAUGCUGCGACGGUUUGCCGCAGGCAAAAUCGACAUCACUUCUACGAUAAAGUGCCGCGAUUUGAAGGAAAGGAUACUGUCCUGCUACAAGGAGAGUACCUUCGUGUUGUACAACAAUAGCAACGAUGUAGUAAUCAACGAUCCUGGCUACAAUAAUCAGACGACGAAUGACACUACCAUCAACGUGUUGCACAGAAAACUCAAGCAAGAUGGCUGCCGUGUGGUGUGUCUUGAAGGCGGCUAUGCUAACUUUCGGCAGGCGUUUCCGGAGUGGUGCGAGGAUGAAGUCAUCAAUGCUAAUCUGCAGUCGGGAUGUGCCGCUACCGAGCAACUGAUGGGACUGAGAUCAUUACGGAUAUCGAUUCCGUUCUCGGACUCAGCCUGCAGUAGCAGCACCGAGUCAUCCGACUGUGAAAGCACGACGAACUAUCUCGCCGAACCGGUCAAUGUCGAACCGGUUGAAAUCAUGUCCGGCCUCUUCCUCGGAAAUGCUUCCCACAGCGAGGAUCUCAAAUCGCUGAAGAAGUACAACAUUAAGUAUAUUUUGAACGUGACUCCCGAUUUGCCAAACGUUUUCGAGCGAGAUGGACACAUAAAAUAUCUCCAGAUACCGAUCACCGAUCACUACUCACAGGAUCUAGCCGGUCACUUCCCCAACGCAAUAAAGUUCAUAGAUGAGGCCCGCUCGAAGGGUGUUGGCGUACUGGUACACUGCCUGGCGGGCGUCUCUCGGUCUGUAACGGUGACGUUGGCUUACAUUAUGUUCGCUCGAACCCUCAGCCUGAAUGACGCGUUCUCGCUAGUUCGGGCCCGCAAACCGGACGUCUCGCCCAAUUUCCAUUUCAUGGAGCAGCUGCACACAUUCGAGCGCCAGCUAAACGUCAACACAAGCCAACGAGUAAAACUGCUCCCAGGAGGUGGUGGUGGUGGUGGUGGCGGUUGCUCAUCAGCCUCGACACCCUCCUCGUCGUCCACCAGUGCAGCAUUCCUGUCCUCCAGUGGGCUAGGUCUGAAGCGUAAUCUCUCCGCCGAUCAGCCAGGCUCGAUUGACCGAAGCGGACCGGGUCACGGUCCACGAACACAUUUGGGCAAAUACAGCUGCACCUGCUUUGAGGUCGAAUGCAAGUGUGCUCAGGCCGCGCUCGAUCUGCUAGGUCCGUUCACCAGUGGCGUAUCGCCCGAUUCCGGCAUCGAGUUCGACCGAUGGACACCUAGCAGCAAUACGCCGAAAUGAGAUUUUGCCGUAGAGAAAAGAUUUACUCUUCCAGACCCGAUUCAACCAAUCGAUGCACAUUCGCAACCGUCUUCAAUCGAACGUCCUCGAUCACCGACCUCCGGGCAGUGAAAAAACGUAGAAAGCGUGAAAUAAAAGCGAAGGAUCUGGAAGGGAUACUUUUUUCUCUACACCCACAAGUGACACACAGUUUGUUUGCAGUAAGGUGCAAAUUUGGAGAAGAAAAAUGACGUUAGAGAUUCCCGGGAAGGAAUCUCCUUAGAAAGCAACAAAUCCACACAAGUCCAUAGUUUUUUUUUUUUUUUUUGUGCGGAAAGCAGAGCCAAAACUGCUCUUCAUUCUAAAAACAAAAAAAAACAGUUAGAAGUUCGUUCACGCACCAGCAGCAGCAAGCCAUGGGCACCACUCAACAACCAUUUUCGUGCUGAUGUCGACUGACGUGAGUAUCGCGGGGUGGAGGGCCGAAGAGAAAGGGGGGAGACUAGGGCCAACUGCGAUGCUCGAGAAAGCAUUCAGCGUUUUUUUUUAGGAGUAGGGCGGCUCGCGGCGACGUGGACUUCACUCAUCAUUUUUAGAGACCUAGAGUCACACCGAUUUUGAACGCAAAAUUUAUCUUGACGCAAGUCUUGAGUCAGGGCAAAAUUAUUCUUAUUAGAAACAAAAUUAGACGUGAUUUGUAAUACAGCCACAUUUUUCUAGUGAAUCAAGUUAAACAAAAUAAAGCUAUAUCGUUUCAGAAAAAGCUACAUCUUGAUAAAAAAAAAAAACAACAGAAAGAACUCGAGCCAAGCAAAAUCAUGUGGAGACUAAUCGCCUUGUUAGGAACAAAUCGCGUGAACAUGAACUAGAACGCAUAGUAUCACACUAGGGAAAGCUUCCCAAAUAAUCGGCAGGAUAUGUGAGCGCGCAUAAGAAUGGUUCAAUUUUUGCCAGGUGUUUGUAGAGAGUACAAUUAAAAGAUUAUACGUUGGUAAGUUGGAAUAAUUUGUAACUAAUAAAAUAAGACGAAUACAAAAAACUUUAAACCGCGGAUUGAUUCUAAUGACUAAAAAAACAAACUUAUGAUAGUGAAAUUGAUUGUGAGAAGAGAGAGAGUCAGACACGAAGUGAGGAAGCCACACAAUUCAGAAAUAUACACCGCUACUAUUUAUGUUGACUUUUGAUUAUUGAUUAAACCCUAAUUCGCGAGUUAAUAACUACUUUUCGACCGGCCGUCGGAGGCGGAACGCGGUUGAGAAGAAAAAAAAUUAAAUAAAAAAUAGUUGAUUAGAUGUUUAUUGAUUAACACGGACGAUACCGUCAUAUAAUAUUAUUAACUGCAUACAACAACAACUGUUGGUUUUACACAAGUUGGUGCAAGAAACGAAAGUCUAUUGAAUUCCAUUGUAAUCUAUAUAAGAGAAGUGAAGCAGCCAAUAAAAACAGCUACUAAGCAAAAGUCCCGCUCUAUCCACUGAGAACUUAUUGAAAAGAAACGAUGAAAAAAGAUGAGCUACAAGUACACAUACAGAAGUUAUACUGUUUAAAUUGAAUCUUUGCUGAGUACUAAUUGUGAGAACACAGACACAUGCAUCGGCCCCCUUUGGCAUGGCGUUGGUCGUCGUUCACUUGCGGGACAGGAUGACUCGAUUCGAUUAUUUUCAAAAAAGCAUGCAUGAAAGAAUGUCACGUGGACGAGGGUAAACCAUAGAAAUAUAUUCAUGAUAUUUAUGUCAAUAGUA